AUGGGGUCCGAGCGGGUGGAGAUGCGCAAGAGACAGAUGCAGGUACACCAGGAAGCUGCUGCCGGUGUUCUCCAAACGCAGCACGGGAUGGGGAACACGCCCACCAACGCCUCCAAUGCCUGUUGCUUCUGCUGGUGUUGUUGCUGCAGCUGCUCCUGUCUGACUGUUAGGGCGGAUGAUGAGAGGAUUAAAAAAAACACCUAUGAGAGGAGGGCAGAGGAAAUCGCAAACUGUGAUGACAGCCCCAAGCCUAUUCUGGAGGAUGCGAUGACAUGGACCAUGUCAUUUGAGAGGCUGAUGAAGAGCUCUGCAGGGCGGGGCUGCUUCCGCCAGUUCCUGAGGACAGAGUUCAGUGAAGAGAACAUGAUGUUCUGGUUGGCCUGCGAGGAGCUCAAGAAGGAGACCAACAAAACUGUGGUGGAGGAGAAAGUACGACAGAUCUACAAGGACUUCAUCUCCAUCCUCUCCCCUAAAGAGGUGAGUUUGGACUCGCGUGUUCGAGACGUGAUUAACAAGAACAUGUUGGAGCCCACGUCGCACACGUUCGAAGACGCCCAGCAGCAGAUCUACACGCUGAUGCAGAGGGACUCAUACCCACGCUACAUGAACUCUACAGCGUACGCAGAGCUGCUGCAGGACCUGGCCGAACAGCCACCUGCCACAGAGCCAUAG